CCAAUCAGAAUCUGUUACGAGGCCUUCUGACACAGAAGAAGUACAACACAGACGAAUGGAGAAAACAGUCAGGUACCUUUCAACAAGAUCGGGAGGAAUCCUCACCAGAAAGGAUCAUCAACCUGUUCCACUGUCUGAAUGAACUGUGGUCCAACUCUCUAGUUGAAGACAUGCAGACUCCCUGCGAUCAGGACAUACAAACAUCAGAGGAAGGUUAUCAGAGGUUGCUGCCGGUAGUGAAAACCUGCAAGAGAGCACUACUGGAUGGCUGUGAACUCACAUAUGAAUCCUGUGAGACUCUGGCCUCAGCUCUGCAGACACCAAACUCCCCCCUGAGAGAACUGGACCUCAGCAACAAUGACCUGGAAGACAGAGGAGUGGAGCUGCUCUGUGAUGGACUAACCAGUCCAUUCCGCAACAUACAGACACUAGUACUAGCUGGCUGUGAACUCACAUAUGAAUCCUGUGAGACUCUGGCCUCAGCUCUGCAGACACCAAACUCCCCCCUGAGAGAACUGGACCUCAGCUACAAUGACCUGGGAGACAGAGGAGUGGAGCUGCUCUUUGUUGGACUAACCAGUCCACUCUGCAACAUACAGACACUUGUUCUUGGUCAGUGUGGUCUGACAGAGGGUUGCUGUUCAAAUCUUGCCUCAGUCCUGAGUUCACCCAACUCACAACUGAAACAACUGGAGCUGAGAGACAAUGACCUGCAAGACUCAGGAGUUACACUGCUGUCUGCUGGACUGGAGAAUCCAGACUGUAAACUACACACAAUGGGGCUGUCUGGCUGUCUGGUCACAGAGGAGGGCUGUGCUGCUCUGUCUUCAGCUCUGAGGUCAAACCCCUCCCACCUGAAGGAGCUGAACCUGAGCUACAAUCACCCAGGAGACUCUGCAGGGGGACUGCUUUCAGCUGCUCUGGUGGAUCCCACAUAUAAACUGAUGAAGCUGAAUGUGGAUCAUGGUGGAGAGUGCAGGCUGAAAUCAGGGCUGAGGAAAUAUGCCUGUCAUCUCACCCUGGACCCAAAUACAGCAAACCCACACCUGGUACUGUCUGAGGGGAACAGGAAGGUGACACGGGUGGUGGAGGACCAGCAUUAUGAAGACCAUCCUGACAGAUUUGACUAUCUUUACCAAGUUCUCUGCAGACAAGGCUUAUCUGGGUGUCGUUAUUACUGGGAGGUGGAGAGGGAUGGUGACAUGGCUGACAUUGGUGUGGUGUACGAAGGACUGAAGAGGAAGGGACGGUUGUAUGACAAUUGGAUUGGCGAUAAUAGGAAGUCCUGGUGUUUAUUCUGCUCUCAUAGAGGUUAUGACUUUUUCCAUGCUGGAGUCUGUAGCAGAAUCCUCCCUGGUUCUGUUUCUAACAGAGUUGGAGUGUAUCUGGACUGGCCAGCUGGUACUUUGACCUUCUAUAGUGUGUCCUCCUCUGGUACACUGACACACCUUUACACAAGACACACCACAUUCACUGAACCCCUCUAUCCUGGGUUUUGGGUUUACUCCUCCUCAGUGACCCUGUGUCAGAUAGAUGACCAACACAUUCAGAGAGACCAUGAUGGAGAGUGUUGUAUCAAGCCUGGACCUGAGGACACCAGAGACCAUGGUGGAGAGUGUUGGAUCAAACCUGGACCUGAGGACACCAGAGACCAUGGUGGAGAGUGUUGUAUCAAGCCUGGACCUGAAGACACCAGAGACCAUGGUGGAGAGUGUUGGAUCAAACCUGGACCUGAGGACACCAGAGACCAUGGUGGAGAGUGUUGAUCAAGCCUGGACCUGAGGACAACCAGAGACCAUGGUGGAGAGUGUUGGGACAAGCCUGGACCUGAGGACACCAGAGACCACGGUGGAGAGUGUUGGAUCAAGUCUGGACCUGAGAAAUGGAUUCCUCAGAGCUGUAAGACUUGUGACCAUGUUGAGGACUCCACACACUGGCUUCAGAUUGAACCCUUGACUUCCACUGUCCAGGGAGUGACAAUGUUCAGACACAGGACACCCAAAGGGAGUUAUGAGUGCACAGUGUCUGGGCUCCGCUG